AUGUGCUCAUUACAGCAAUCCUCAUCAGGCCCUCGCAUGGCAGCAAAUGAUACUCCGCCAUCUGGGCGGCCUCGACUAGUGGAGAUUGCUAGACAGUUUGGUGUUCCUGUUUCGCGCCCCGGACCUCUCUCACCCCAGAAACCCCGUGGAAGGCCUGUAAACCGGGUCGAUGAGAUCCGCGCAAAACAGUUCAUCAUACAAAGACAAUCCACCGAUUCAGCAGGGGAAGGAUCCCGGCACAUCAGCUUACCACCAAUGCAGAACAAUUUUCUCCCUAAGGAUAUCAAUCGAGCACUGAGCGCGGCCGUCGCGGAGAAUGCCGACCCAGCUUUGGUAGCAGCUCUAUUGGCUCUGGGUGGUGACGUCAACAUUGCCAGGAGAGCUAGCGGCAACAUGUGGAAGAAGCUUUGCAACGUGGAUCAAACAGACCAACGAAGCGACCUUCUCCAAGUCGCCAUUCAAAAUCGGAAUUUAAGCCUCGUACAGUUACUUGCUGCUCAAGCGGACCAAGUUACACUCAACACGUCCCUGCCAAUCGCACUACGUGUGGGCGCUGUCGAUAUUGCGAAGGUGCUCUUGGAAUGCGGUGCAGAUGCUGAACGCUUCCACGAGGAAUUUCCGGCUGCAGUCCGCAAUGGGCAAGAAGAUCUGGUCGAACUGCUCUUGCUUGCGCCUAAACCGCUGUGCUCGCACUGCCGUGAGUCAGGACUGCUACUGGCCAUCACUAGCGGAUCUGUUCGCAACACAUCGAUGUUUAUUCUCAGCAAUGCCGCUGGUGACAAGGAGGAGCUUCUAGAGGCCAGCUUGCGUCUCGCUAUUGACCGUGGCCGUUUGGACUUGUUUACUGCGAUCGUCGUUUGUUCUGAGCGGCCUGCUUCGAAGGCGUUGGACGGGGCUCUUGCUUCUUCCAAUAAAGUGCCUGCUAAACAGAGGUCUACAUUCAUCGAAUUAUGUAUUCUCGGCGGUGCCCAAGGCGUACACUGCUCUGAGAUGCUGUAUGGCGCUGUCAAGCAGGGAGAGCAUCGCCUUGUCAAUACUCUCAUUCAGCAUGGCGCGUCGCUUGACCACCGCAAGGGCGCUGCUCUACAGCAUGCGAUCGAGGGACAUCAAGCUGCUCUAGUCUGCAGCAUGCUCCAGGGAAACGUGGUACCUGUGACCCUGACAACAGUAUUGCGUGAACAGAAGGCCAGUUUCUUGGCCAACCUGGAUUUCACUCUCAAAGUCAUGAGUCGUUUCAUAGCUGCAGGCACUACCAAUGAUGUUAUGGCGGAGUUGUGCUGUGCAGUUGUUGAACACGUCCAGUGCACCGAUCUCGAGUGUCAGCUAGAGCGUCUGAACCCUCAAGCUUACAGACUGGCUACCUUCCUGCUAGACAAUGGCCAUGCGGACGUCAAUCACCAAGGGGGGCGGCUCAUCCAGGUUAUCGUUAAUGGACCCUUUGUAGAUCUUCUUCCUCAUGUGCUGGAGCAAAAGCCGUCCAAGUCUUCCGUCAACGCCGCAUUCUCUUCGGCUAUCAGUAUCCGCGAUGACCACCCAAAGAAGCCAGAAACAAUGCAGAUGCUGUUAAAAUCAGGCGCCCACGGUGAUGUUGUGGAUAAAGAACUCGUCCGUGUUUGUCAAGCUGGCCGAGACGCCAUUUCAAUGGUGCACGUGCUCCUCCAUGGCGCAUCGGUUGAUUUUCAACACGGCCAAGCAAUCCGUGCCGCCAUUCAAAACCGUCAGCUUGAACUACUAAAUUUGCUUCUCAGAGCCAAGCCGUCGAUCAUUACUAUGGAACAUGUUUGGACCGACGCCGUAUAUCUGAGUGAUUCGACAUAUCGAUUACACGUCUACAACAGCCUCCUCAAGGCCGAAACCAAAACAGCUCGCGGCAACGAAGCGUCUAUUGGUUACCUGAGUGAAGUUCCACUUGUACACGCGAUCCAGGCUGGAAAUAUUGGGGCUCUAGAACUUCUACUCGCUCAUGGAAGCUUGCAAGGCCCUGUCAUAGAUAGUGCACUGAUUAAGGCUGCGGAAGUAUUCAGCAUCGAGGCUCUGGAAGUUCUGGCAGGCUACGCCACUUCUUUCGAUGCGUUUACUCGUGCAUUUAAUGCUGCUGUGCAGGUCCGGGAACAUUGGUUAUCCGCGAAUGGCCUCGAAGUUGUACAGUUUCUUCUUGGCAAAGGUGUGACUGGGAAUACUGUGGACGCGGCUCUCAUUCAGGCGGCGAGCCGCUUCAACGAAGACGCGGUGAAAUUGCUCCAGGAGGUGGUCGACGACCCUCAAACGUUCACUAUGGCUUUCAACGCAGCUUUGAGUCAAGGAGAUAAGUGGUUAUCCGAGGAAUUCAUUGAACUUAUUGAUAUCUACCUAGCCAAGGGUUCGGGCGGCGAAUGCGUCGACAUGGCGCUCUUAGAUGCCCUUGAGUCGUACGAAACUGCCUCCGAUUCCGAAACGAUGGUCGACCUUCUGCUCUUCUACAAAGCCGACGUAAACUACGCGGACGGCCAUGCUAUUCAGCUUGCGGCUGAAUAUGGAGACGUUGAAUUGUUGCAGAAGCUCUUCCAGUCCCAGCCGAUGCCACAGAGCAUGUCACUAGGCCUUGUCUCCGCUGCUCAGGUGUCGCAUGAAGGUCCUCGCUUUAUUGACGUACUGAACACCUUUAUGCAAAAUCCCAACGCGAAGCCGGACCUAAAUUUUGUUGCGCCAGGAAAAGAUCCGCUACUGUUCAUUGUCCUGAACGCAUAUCCGGAAUCUCCUGAAGUGGUCAAAAGCCUAUGCGAUUUCGGGGUGGACCUAAACUCCUGUGUUGUUUGUGGCGUCUAUGAUGAUGAGAACUUGGAACCUGAAAAUGUGAACGCAUUAGCCUGGUCCUUGGUGCAGCCGGGCAAUCUGAUAGGUGAUGAAGUGAUUGGGGCACUCAUUGAUGCGGGAGCGAAUGUCACCGCCACACUGGCCGUGUCGAAGGCUACUCCUCUCCUCCUCGCCGCCAAGUACAACAGGCCAGAUGCGAUUUCCAGGUUCCUCAAGAAAGGCGUCAAACUUUCACAAAAAGAUCGGUUUGAUCGCUCAGCGCUAUUUUACGCUUCUCGACAUGAAGACGUAAAAGUGUUAAAGUGUCUCCUAAAAGCCAAACCUCCACCCAACGACGGGAGCCUUCACGAAGCGUCUCGAAGGUUGAAUACCAACGCAGUCAAACUUCUUAUCAAGGCCGGCCACGAUCCGAACUUCCCUUCAACAAAACAUGAAGGCCGUACCGCAUUAGCCGAACUCUGCUUGAACUGCAACGGCGCGAGAGACCUUUUAGCUCUGGAGGAAACCUUGGAAGCCCUCCGCGACGGCAAGGCCGAUCCAAUGAAGAAAUGGCUUGGCAAGACCCCGACCUUCCUUGCCCUUGACAACCCCGACCCUGUACCUGUUCUCGACAAGCUGGUGGAAAAAAUAAUGUGGAAAUAUAUCAACGACGAAAAUAACAUUUACGAGGAAGGGGAUUAUUUUUAUUCACCAACUAUGUAUAUCAUGAGGGGAGUUCUUAGGGGUCCCCACGACCAGGGGCAUCAGCUUCUUAAGCUGCUAAACAACUAUAGUGCUGUGCAUCGGUAUUACGCGAAGGAGCGUCUACACCAACCAGCUGAUGCCCAGGGUCUACCGGCAAGUAUCAUCGAGUUUGAGCGCAAGCGCCAGAUAAGAGAAGAACGCCUCAACCAACAAAUAGAAGAUCACCAACGCCGUCUCAAGCGCGUGGCCGAAGAAGCCGAACAGCAAGCUUUGAUAGCGGAACAAGCCGCUAUGCAGCGCUACCGGCAUCGCCAAAUCGACCACACGCAAGCUUUCGAACACCGCCAACAGACUCAUGACCAGGUCUUCCAACAUCACCAAGAGAACCACGCUCAAUCGCUCCGCCUGAAACAGGAGCAGCUACGACAAAAGCAACUUGAAGUCCAGGAAAGCAGUCAGCUCAAGAGAGAUCAACAAUGGAAGGAUGAGCAACAGAAGGCGUACAUACAGCAGAACCAACGUGAGAACCAACUACAAUUCAAGCGGAUCGAACAUCAACAGAAACUCGGUCGGCUAAGCCAGGAGCAACGAAUGCAACUCCAACACAGCGCCAAGGUGGACCAGCGCAAACUCCAAACCCAAUCCCAGCUGGACCAGCAGAAGAACGCCGCGAAGCUGCGGCAGAUCAAGCUUGCCGCCUCGGAUCGCUCGAAUCAGCUGCAGUCCAGCAAGGCGAAGAACAAAAUCCAGAUCGCCUUCAAGAAAGACGCUGCUGUCGUGCAACAGUACGAGCACAAGAUGCGUAUGGAGGAGAUGUAUACCAAAAGGGGGAAUAUGCAGAUGUCGAUGCUGGAGUCGAAAUUCAAUACCGAGCAGAAGAAGAUUGCGCAGGCGAACAGGAAGAUGAUCAUGGGUAGCUGA